AAAAGGUAGCAGACAGUCUGGAGUUGUUGUGCUUUGAUGAAUGUCAUGGCAAGGAAAAACGAUACAGAUUCUAGAGAUGGAGGGUGGGCGUGGGUUGUUGCCAUUGCUUGUUUUGUCACCAAUUUUAUUUCUGUUGGAUUUCUUAGAUCGGGGAGUGUACUUUAUGUUUCGUUUACACAAAUUCUGGGAUUAAGUCGAGUUCAAUCGGCAUGGCCGUUAAGUCUGAUGGCUUCGGUGAUGCAUUUAUCAGGACCCAUAUUUUCCUGUUUAAUUCAAUAUCUCACCAUUCGAAAAUUGGUUAUGAUCGGUAGUGUUCUUUCAGCUUCUGGAUGCAUUCUUUGCUAUUUUUCAUUACAUUUUAUCUCUCUUAUCUUGUUUUUGGGAAUUGUUAACGGUUUAGGUAAUGGUCUCAUCUAUACUUUCAAUCCGGUUAUCAUCAAUAUGCAUUUUAAUAAAUAUAAAACCACAGCAAUGGGAAUAUUUAGAGGUGGUGCUUCGGUUGGAUCGUUUGUACUUCCACCUUUACUAGAAAUUCUAAUUACUAAUUACGGUCUGAAGGGAUGCUUCUUACUCUUGGGUGGUGUUUUAAUGCAGGGUAUAGCCGCAGCUUGUUUGUAUCGUCAACCUAAGAGCGUAGAAGAAUCGCAGAAGACUGUCGACGAUAAAGAAAACAAAUGGAAGACCUUGAGAACCGCUGCAGAAGUUGGAAAAGAUCCCAUAUUUUUGAUCAUUUCUAUUAGCUUUGCCAUAUUCUUUUUGUUUAUAAAUAUCUACGGGACAGUUAUUGUCGACUUUGCAGUUGAUAGAGAAGUUAGUACUACGUCUUCAGUGUUUCUAGUUUCAGCUUAUGCUCUAUCAGAUAUGUGUGGACGAUUCGGAUCAGGAUGGAUUGUGGAUUUAGGAAUUAUGAAGAGAGUUAACGUUGUGGUCUUAUGUUUUUUAUCCAUGGGAUGUCUACUAUGUGUACUACCUCAAUUAUGGAGUUACACGGUGAUGAUGGUUUUAUCAUCCAUUCUUGGAUUUCUUUCCGGAUGCACGAUUAUUCAAGAAUCAGUUUUUUUAUCCGAAUAUCUAGGUAUAAAUAAAUUACCAGCUGCAGUCGGUUUGAGUAAUUUUAUUACUGGAUUGGUGGUAUUGCUGGUUCAAGCACCAAUAACAGGACACUUUAGAGAAAAGAUUGGAAGAUAUGAUUAUUUAUUUUAUCUCUUAGCUUCGCUUUUGUUUGCUUGCGCAUUUCUGUGGAUAUUGGAGCCUCUUAUACAAAGAAUUCGUGAUAAAAAUCUUCAGUGUGAUACAAAAUUUUCGUCAUCUUUUCGUGUAGUCCAGUGGCGUGCCGUUAUUGGAAGUGAUGGAUGCGCCGCUUCCCUUAAAUAUUCUGUUAUGGAAAAUAAAAUAAUAGACGAGAGAGAUAGAGGUUGGGCUUGGGUAGUUGUUGGUGCAGCCCUCUUCACUGGCAUUACCUCUGGCGGAUUUACGAAAACGAAAGGUGUUUUCUACGUUCAUUUUACCAGUACGCUGGGAUUGGAUAGAGUACAGUCAGCAUGGCCGCUUAGUUUAAUACAAGCUUUGAUGAAUUUAUCAGGACCUAUCUUUUCGUAUCUGAUGCAAUAUCUAAGUAUAAGAAUAUUAGUCAUCAGUGGAACUAUUUUUACUGCAUUGGGUUGUACUCUUUGCUAUUUCUCGUCUCAUUUCAUAUCGCUAAUUAUUUUCUUAGGAAUAAUAAAUGGUAUAGGUAAUGGUGCCAUUUACAAUUUAAGUUGGAUUAUAGUCGACAUGAAUUUCAAAAAGUACAAAACAACAGCAAUGGGAAUUUUUAAAACCGGUGCAACAAUUGGUGGUUUCGUUCUUCCACUUCUGACGGAAUAUUUAAUAUCAGUUUACGGUUUAAAAGGAAGUUUCUUAUUGUUAGGAGGAGUCUUAUUGCAUGGAACAGUCGCAGCUUGUUUAUAUCGUCAACCAAGAAUCUUAGAAAUUCAGAAAGGUGAAAAGGAACAAGUUGAAAACGUUAAAAACGAAUGGAAAACGUUAAAAACUGCCAUAGAAAUUGCUAAAGAUCCCAUAUUUUUGAUCGUAUCGUUUACUUUUGCAAUAUUACGUUUGUUUUUUAAUGUUUUCGAAACAGUUAUCGUAAGGUUUGGAGUCGAAAGAGGUAUAAGUAUGAAUUUUUGUGUAUUUCUAUCUUCAGCGUAUUCCAUUGCAGAUAUGUUUGGACGGUUGGGCUCGGGUUGGCUUGUAGAUUUUGGAUUUGUUAAAAGAAUAAACGCUGUCAUUAUAUAUUUUACUUCAUUAGCCAUUCUACUCUGUAUACUUCCUCAUCUAUGGAAUUAUUCUUGUCUGAUGGUUGUGACGUCCCUUAUCGGAUUUGUCGGAGGCUGUGUCAUGAUCCACCAGGUGAUUCUAUUGUCCGAAUAUCUUGGUGUGAAAAAAUUACCUACAGCGGUCGGUUUGAAUAGUUUUCUAAUUGGAUUAUCACAGUUAAUUUUUGCUGCACCGAUAUCAGGAUACUUCAGGGAUUAUUUUGGAAGCUACGAUUAUCUAUUUUAUUUCUUAGCUUCCCUUUUCUUUGUUUCUGCACUUCUGUGGACGAUGGAACCUCUGGUACAAAGAUUACGCAAGAGAAACGACAUCGACAACAGAAACGAACAGAACUGAAUUAAAAAAAAUUGUAAAUAAAUUUGAUAGAAGUUAUCUUUAAAAACAUUCAAAAUACAGUAGUCUCUGUAAUCCGACAUAUAUCGGACUGGCGAGUGUCGGACAUUUCAGACUGGCGAGUGACAUACUCUAAUGACAGUACUGUAUAUUAAAUGUAUUAUAUUCAGAAUUUGUAUAAGAUUUCUUAAGAAAUUUCAUUGACUUCGAUAAGCGAACAAAUUAAGAACACGACCAUAUUAAAUAUUAUUUCAAUAUACCAUGUAUUUUCGAAAUAUUAAGACAAUUCUAUGUUGAAAUUAAUUGGAAAUUUAGUAAAACUAUAUUAUUAAGUAGUUUUAAAUCAAUUGAGACCGUGAAGAUAUAAACAUUACGGCAAUUUAAAACAGCUCGUAAGAUACGACCUAGUAUUAUUUCGAUGUCGUAAACUUACGAGAAAUCUACGAUCUCCGGUUACGACAAUUUUGAAGUAUCCGGUAUCAAGAAUGUGUUGGAUGACAUUUUGACAACUUCCGAUUUAGAGUCGUCGAUAGGCUUUCUGCAUUUUGCAAACAACACAUUCGGAGCGUAAUUUAAGAAGUAGAAAUCGUUAGGCAUAAUGUCUGAAAAUAAAAGACGUCCAAAUGUUCAAGACGUCCUAAAUAAAAGAACAAGCACUUACAUUAUCAUGAAGUUCAUUUACGUGAUAUCAUCUGUAAAAGUAUAAUUACAUUCAAGAUUAUUUAUUAAACAUAAAUUAUGUAAAACAGUUGCAGCAUCUAUCAGAUAAGUAAUGUAAUGCACCACCUGAUCUAUCUAGACAAAUGAAAUCUUCAUUUCAAUAUACCAAACCAUUUUUCAAUAAUGCCUCCUGUUUGAGAGUGACUUUUAUUGUAUUGUUCUUCACUUGAUGUAGUAACACUGUUAAUUGGUGUCAAAAGCCAAGGUUAAAGAGGUUAAAUUUCAAAUUGAGAAACUGUAUCUAAAGAAUAUAUCCAUCUUAUAUAUUAAAUUCCAUAAGUUAAGAAAGCAAUAUUUAUUAUUUAGUCCUGCUAUAUUGUAGAAAAGAAGUUAUGCGUUAUCGCCAUUG